AUGGUGUCCAGGCUGCGUAGAGCCACCCUCCCGAUCUGCAGUGAUGGCUUUGUUGGGAAGGUUGUGGGGUCAUUGAAAGAAAGGAAGCUGUGGGAGAUGGACAAGUUGCUGAGACGUGGGUUUCGUGUGCAUGCAUGGGAUGGCAGGACACCCCACGCUCUUCUAGAUGCUGAUAGGCAAAUCAUCGCCAUUCUUGCAGGGCAGCCCAAUGAUGCAAUGUGGGGAGAGGCUGUAUCAAAUGUGAGCACCACGUUAGCGUCUGUGGAGAAGACGUGCACUUUCUCACGCCUCCAGAGGAGUCAUAGAAGGGGCCGCUUCCCGACACUCGCUACCGGCAUCUCCCACGGAGGAGGCCAGCGCAAACCCCAAGACAUAUACAACACAGCCGCAAACCAGAUGAAGCUGACAGAGCUCUGUUGCAAUUGUGGAAUCCAGCAGAUCGCCAGCUUUGAAAAUGGUGCAUUUGCAGCAUUUGCGCCAAAGGCCUUUGGUCGAGCAGCAGUAUGCCUGCAAGAGCUCUACAAUCACAAACCCUCUCUACGCCAAAACUUCCCGAAUAGUAUCUACCCCACUGCCACCUUCAAUUUUGGCCCCAACGCCGUGUGUUUUGACCACACCAAUGAGAAGAAUAGCCCAGCUACAUAG